CCGGUUGUCGUAUCCGCUCGCCUCAAAAUAAAAACGGUGGCGUCGCCAGCAUAUCGCAUCCCUGUAAUGGGACAAAGCGAGAGGUAGAGCGUAAUUAGAAAAACAUAUCGCUGACUGGUCGUGGCAGGCGGGGAGAAAAGCGUCGCGGGAAAACCCCACGCGCACUUUUCCAGCUGCGGUCCACCGCCACAGCAUCACAGCCGUGAUUUUUCAUCGCAUUUCCGCGCGGUGUGCUGGCCGCGUCAUGCCGCGAAGAAGUUGACCUCGAUGCAUCUCGCGGGAGAAGUCACCUCCACCACCGGUCACUACGACCGGAACUAUGGCAAUUUGACGGCGGAGAUGCUCGCCGAGAGGACCAUCGACGGGCUGCUGGCGGAGCAUCCGGGGGAGCUGGUGAGAACGGGCAGUCCGCACGUGGUGUGCACGGUGCUGCCGCCCCAUUGGAGGUCUAACAAGACGCUGCCGGUGGCUUUCAAGGUGGUGGCACUGGGGGAUGUGGGCGACGGGACCGUCGUCACGGUCAGGGCGGGCAACGACGAGAACUACUGUGCGGAGUUGAGGAAUUGUACGGCGGUUAUGAAGAAUCAAGUCGCCAAGUUCAAUGAUUUGAGGUUCGUCGGCAGGAGCGGAAGAGGAAAGAGUUUCACGCUGUCGAUUAUCGUGUCAACGACGCCACCUCAAAUCGCGACUUAUAAUAAAGCGAUCAAAGUGACGGUGGAUGGGCCGAGGGAGCCCAGGUCAAAGACGAGACAGCAAGGGUUUCACCAUUUUCCGUUCGGGCCAAGGACCUUCGCUCCUGAUCCUUUGUCAGGCAGCUUGCCCUUCAAAUUGAGUGGCAUUGCUCAUCAUCUGGCAGGACUUCCGGGACCUCCGCCCGAAUGGGCCAUGUUAGGAGGACGACAUCCGUACCCCCCAGGCCCCUUUGUUCCUCACCACCACCCGCACUUUCCACCCCAUAUGUUUGCAGCGCUCGACCGUCCAAUUAACACUUCACCGAGAAUAGCAAACGAGCCCAGCUCGACUUCCCUGGGCCCCAUCUCUAUCAACUGCACUCCGGCCCACAGCACCACAUCUCCCAAAACCUCCCCCACUCAAGUAGGCCUCCUGACGACCGCAGGCGCCCCACUUUCGCCACCUGAAGAUGACAUAUCCGUAACAGCAUCGCCGACUCCGUCCCCACAACCGCCACCAGCAUUUCCCGGAGCCCCUCCGCCCCCGAUCCAAAACAACCAAUUGUUCAAUAACGCGCUAGCCGCCAGCUUAUUUCUCAACGCUCCUUUAUUACCACCUCCCGGCCAGUGGUUCUACUCACAGUUUUAUCCACACGACUGGGCCUGGAUGAACCUAAGACACCAUUCUCUAUUGCCGAGAAGCUCGUCGCCUCAUGAACUAGGUCAAAAUCCCAACGGAUCGACCAAGUCGGAAGGGGUGGAUGACGAUGCCAAGUCCGAUGACAGCAAAGGGAAAGAAGAGAAAAAGGGCAAAGACGAAGGGGUGAAUCUAUCGCUGCAUAGGUGCAGGAAAGCGGCGAUUACGUUAGUGAGGCAGAAGGAGGAGGUCAGUUCAAGUGAAAAGGAGCAUUUGAAGUGUAAUAGACUGGGGGAUGUAUGGAGGCCCUACUAGAAUAGAGGUUUAGGUUAGAUUUUGGUUAUAGUACUUGUUGGGAAUGGUAGGUUUUUUCGCCGAAAAUUAAAACAAGGGGCAUAAGUGACGGUUUGGAACAUUUAACUUUUUUUAAAUUGUUGCUUUUACAUUAUUUUUUUUUUGAAUAAAAUACAGAAGUACAUGCCAUUUCAAAAAAAUAUAAUAAUGUUGUUUUUAAAGAAUUAACGAGGCAUUAAACAACUACAAAUUUUAGAUUA